UCAGUGUCGGGCUUUAUGCACAGGGUAGGGGAAGUAGCGUGCUCUGCUAUUGACAUUCAGCACCAAUACUGCGCCGUGUCACAGUGAGAAGCUGAGGGAUCGGGAUACCCGGCAGCAGCGCAUCCAUUACUGGAGCUGUCUCACACUACUAUUGGAUAACCCGGACACACAAAGAUUUUUGUUUUUAAUCACUUGACAACUUUUGCAACUUAUUCCCCAACUUCUACUGGCUGCGACUAUCAGCGACCAACUUUCUCUCGCAGGAAAGGCUAUUAACAUAGUCGGGGAACCCCCAUAUAAAGUGCAAACAGAGAGAGGGGAUCAGCUCAAGGAUGAAGCUGUGCCCCUGGUACAUGGCACUGUUCCUGCUGCCAGUCUGUUUGCAGUCCCAGAAGUUACCCACUAGGGAUGAAGAACUCUUUCAGAUGCAGAUCAGAGACAAGGCUCUUUUCCAUGAUUCUUCUGUUAUUCCAGAUGGAGCUGAGAUCAGUGGCUAUCUGUUCAGAGACAAUCCUAAAAGAUAUUUUUUUGUAGUGGAAGAGGAUAAUACACCUUUAUCAGUUAUUGUCACACCAUGUGAUGCUCCAUUGGAAUGGAAGCUGACUCUGCAGGAACUGCCUGAAGAAGCCAGUGGAGAAGGAUCAGGUGAACCUGAACCACUCGAGGAGCAAAAGCAGCAGAUUGUUAAUGAAGAAGGCACCGAGUUGUUCUCUUAUAAAGGAAAUGAUGUGGAAUAUUUUGUAUCAUCAAGUUCCCCUUCUGGCUUGUAUCGGCUGGAGUUGAUAUCCACAGAAAAAGACACUCAUUUCAAAGUUUAUGCAACAACAACUCCAGAGUCUGACCAGCCGUACCCAGAAUUGCCACAUGAUCCCAGAGUUGAUGUGACAUCCCUUGGGCGCACUACAGUCACUUUAGCCUGGAAACCUACGCCAACUUCUUCUGUUAUGAAGCAACCCAUUCAGUACUGUGUUGUCAUCAACAAGGAGCACAAUUUUAAAAGUAUCUGUGCAGUUGAAGCCAAAAUGAAUGCAGACGAUGCAUUUAUGAUGGCCCCUAAGCCUGGAAUAGACUUUAACCCCUUUGACUUUGCUCAUUUUGGUUUUCAAUCAGACAACAGUGUUGGUAAGGAUCGGAGCUUCAUGCCUAAAGCCUCCUCCUCUAAGCUAUUAAGGCAGAUAACAACGAAACCAAAAGUGGAUAUCCAGAAGUUUUGCAUAGGGAACAAAAAUAUUUUCACAGUGUCUGAUCUGAAGCCUGAUACUCAGUAUUACUUUGAUGUCUUUGCUGUCAAUGCUGCUACAAAUAUGAGCACAGCGUAUGUUGGAACCUUUGCUCGAACCAAACAAGAAGCCAAGCAAAAAACAGUGGAAUUAAAGGAUGGCAAAGUUACUGAUGUAUUCAUCAAACGAAAGGGCACAAAGCUUUUAAGGUUUUCUCCAGUUUCUUCUCACCAAAAUGUAAUAUUUUCUGUUCAUUCUUGCCUGGACACCAUCCAGAUCCAAGUCAGAAGAGAUGGAAAGCUCCUCUUGUCACAGAGCAUUGAAGGUGUACGUCAGUUUCAGCUAAGAGGAAAACCCAAAGCUAAAUACUUAAUCAGGCUCAAAGGCAGCAAAAAAGGUGCCUCAAUGCUAAAAAUUUUAGCAACAUCCAAGUUUAACAAACAACCAUUCCCUUCCCUUCCUGAAGACACACGAAUCAAAACCUUUGAAAAACUGCGCACUUGCUCCUCUGUCACUGUAGCAUGGCUGGGCACCCAAGAAAGAAAUAAGUUUUGCAUUUACAAAAAAGAAGUAGAUGACAAUUACACAGAGGAACACAAAAAACGAGACCAAAAUCAAUGUUUGGGACCAGACACCAGAAAGAAAUCUGAAAAGGUUCUCUGCAAAUAUUUCCAUAGCCAGAAUAUCCACAAAGCAGUCACCACAGAGACAAUUAAAGGGCUGCAGCCUGGAAAAUCGUACCUGUUAGAUGUUUACGUCAUGGGUCACGGCAGCCACUCAGUCAAAUAUCAAAGUAAAAUUGUAAAGACAAGAAAGUUCUGUUAGGAUCCGUCUGAAUUCUUGUGCAAUGUAUCCUACAGUGACCAUACUGACUGACUACUUGUGCAGCUGGGCGCUUGUGAUUUGACUUGAGCAGUAUUUAUAACUGUGUAGAAAGAUAUCAACUUGUACUCCUAUGUUUACACAAAAAGUGGUUGCGUGUCAGUGCUAAACCCCGCUGCUGCUCUGGAAAUGUCAAUGACAGUUGACUUUACUACAUGUCAAACACUACAUGUCUAAUGCAGACUAGAUGCUGAAAUUCGCAGACAUUGGGAGCUGGAGUUGGAACAACCUAUGUAGCUUCACACACUGCAUGAACUGCUUCUAAGUUAUUUUAAUACAACCUUGGCAAGUCCCAAGACUGCCCUCCUACUCACGCAAAUACUUCCUAGAUACGAUAGACUAUCUGUAAAUUAUUUUAUAAAGUCUUGCCCGAAAUGUAUAUGUUUCAUGUCUGUAAACGAUGAAAUAAUUCCCCACGACGCGCAGCUUGAGUAUUAACUGGAUGGUUCUAUUCUUAAUGUCAUCGGCUAUUGUACAUUCCUACUAGGCUGGUUUAUUUUUUAAAUAUGUAAUUGUAUGUAUAAAGUCGUCAAACAUAUAUUCCUGUACAUAUAAAAUUAAAAAAUAUGAGAUUA